AUGAUGGAGGUUAGCGACGUGACAGAUGAACGGACUAAUGGGCGAAGUCGCGAGAUCGAAGAACCGGAGCGAACGAAUAAACCGCACGCAGAUGAAUCUUCAGUAAAAUACACUCAAGUUGAGCCGAUUCCUGCAUUGCCACCGACCACAUCUGACAUCAACUCAGCAAACCCGAUAACAGAAAACCUCGUCACCAAGUCGUAUCUCGUGGAUAAAUUCCAACGGAGGAAAAUCUCCAUCUUCUCCGAGUUAAUGACCAAACUGCUCAUCCGUGACCUCCCGUUAUUGCGUUCUCCAAGAUCAAUCCAAGCCCUGGAGUGGAGAGCGCGUAUCAAUUUCUAUCUCACGAAUCCAGAGGAAUCUCAUAUCGGUUGGAGACUGCAUCAGAUCUUGAUGUUGGUGCUUUUUCUUAAUGUUGGAGUCAUGGCGAGUGAAACUCUAGAUGGACCGCGAUACGGCAGUUCCGACCCCGAUUUCCCUUACAUGCUUAGCGAGGCAUCUUACAAUUAUAUCGAGACAUUAUUCACAUUGCUGUAUAUCAUCGAGUUUCUAGUACGCUGGUCCACUGCGUCUAAACAAGCUCAGUUCUGGAAAUCAAUAUCCACUUGGAUACGUCUGCUGGCUGCAAUAGCAACUCUACCAAAGCUGGCUGCGCUUGCAAUGGGAGAAGAUACUCAGCGAAUGGAAGUAAUCAUUUAUAACUUACGCAUUCUUCGAGCAGUUCGACUAAUCAUCGCAGCUCAGGCUUUCAUUGGGACAAAAGUGCUCUUCCGCGCAGUAGCAGACGCCAUCCCCCCUCUAACAAUUACGAUGUUCUUUCUAAUCACGGUCGUGAUGGUGUUUGCUACCGCAAUUUUCUACGCUGAGCCGUGUUAUGAUCUGCAAACGUGCACAUUCACCGACAUUUUCAAUACCGGAUACUUUGUCAUGCUUACUGUUGCCACCGUGGGCUACGGAAGUCAAGUGCCGUCGAUGCACAAUGCCGGAUCUCUUCUACUUGUCUGUAUGGUGAUGAUUUUCGGCACGAUUUACUUUUCCAUGCCGUUGGCAAUUGUCGGUAUCAAGUACGAAUUAGCGUGGACAGAUUACGACGAGUACGCGAAGAAUUUAAAACAGAACCAAAGCGAGCCGACCAAUCCAUGCAGGAAAACUUCCAAGCUGUCCGCUAAUAUUUCUCGACGGGAUAUACUCAACGCGAUAGUCGGGGGCACGAACGAGCCGGACGAUACACUACAAAAGAUCGACGCACACGUCAUCAAAUACGCGAGUUCCGUCACCUGCGAUCGGUUCUACAAACUCUCCCAAGCCAUUUUGGAUGCCAAUUUUGCGCUUCAGUGCAUUAUUAGUCCUCCAGAUAACGGGUCCAAUCCUCCGAUGACACUGGAAGCUGUGAUCCAGUCUACAAAACGACGCAGCGAUGCAGCUUCACAUGCUUUAGAUGGAGUCAUGUCAAUAAUUAAACUACACUCUCGAGUUUGUGCAGAAGCUCAUGAACUGGUACAAGCGGCUCUAGCGUCAAAAAAUCAAGAAAACGACUUGGAUCGCUUCAUGUCGAGCGGCAAACUUGUUCGCAAGGACCCGCGUGGCUCGCGCAGCACUACACGGAUGAGCGUGGCUAAAGGGAAAAUCGCGGCAAUAGGCUCAAAGGCGAUGAAGGCCAUCACACGUCAUGAUCGUCAUACCGAUACGAACAACCUGCGAGCUCAGAUUUGGAACAUAUUCGAGUAUCGUCAAGAUAUCUGGCAAGCACGGAUCAUCAACAAAAUGCGAAUGAUCUCCGUGGUGCUCAGUAUUGCCAUGUUCUACUUACAAACCACACCAGAACUGCAGAAAACAGGACUGCAGACAUUUCUCUGCCUUCGAAAUGUUCACGAUUACUGCGCGCGAUACGACGAACCUGGUUGCUACGUGUUUAAAGAAGUUCCGUCGUCUGGAUCUGGGAUUUCAGUCGAAGUGACAAGCCAACGUUUAGAUCUUCACUGCUCUAUUGGCGACCCCGAUGAAUCCUGCUACGGAUCAGGUGUAAACUUCGCGUCGGAUAAGUUUCCCCUUUCCUGUAGUGACGUGUUUCCAUCACGUUCUGGUGUCGAGCAUGUGUGCAAGAAUCGCCUGUGUAACCCUCCGAUACAAUUUCUAUUCGACAUGGAGCCGUACUGGAUCUACUUUGAGUUCCUGUUCGGCUUGUUGUUCACUCUGGAGAUUGCGUUACGCGUGUACUCGCACCCCGUGCGACGCCAUCUUUGGGGAGACAUCCGAUUCAUUGCGAAUGUUCUCGUUCUUCUCCCGUUCUACGUUGAUAUUGUGGAGAUAUUAAUCGGGGAAUGGCCAACGUAUUCUGUUGUCCCAGCUAUGCCGUCGUUCUUCACAGCCGUUCGCUUUUUGAAAAGCCUACGCAUUCUCAAGCUUGGAACUCACAUCCCCGGUGCUCGUGUGUUGAUCAGAACUGCUCAACUGGUCACGGAAAGACUUGCAAUCCCGCUUUUCUUCUUGUUUUUGGGAUGUGCUGUCUCUGCGGCUGUAUUUUUCGAGAUGGAGCGUGGAACGGAAUGUUUCGUAGGAUCUGUCUGUAUGUGGUGGCACAAAAACGUUUUAACGUCCGAGAUGUCAGAAGGCUUGCCGAUUGGAAAGCGCGUACUUGUGCAGAAUACUGUAGUGACCAUUAUCACGGAUAUGUUGCGCUCGACUUGGUUCUCGCUCGUGAGUUUUACCACCGUUGGCUAUGGAGAUCUACAUCCUCGAACAUCACUUGGAAAGUUGAUCGACAUUGUCGGUAUGAUCUUCAGUUCGUGUUACACUGCUAUGCCACUUACUCUGGUUGGCGGUCAAUUCUACAUUUGUUACGAACUUCAUGCACAAGAAGAAAGGAUGAAGAAGGUAAAACAUCCACGCAUCAAUCCUGGCAAGAUAACUACACGACCGGUACCUCAGAGCAGGCAGUCGUUUGUCAACGAUAUUGAUGAGUAUGUUACCGGUCAAGUUAACUUACCGGAGAUUAACAAUACGGACGUAAGUGGGGCUAUCGAUGACCCCAAUGCAGUACGAGCAAUGUCGAAUGUUGCCUUAUCACCCCCCACAACUGCUCGAGACGAAGAGCCUGCCGCAGCGCCGUACACAAGGUUAACCGAUACUGAGGUCAUCAACCAGUUUUUUCUUAUGCAGAAAGUUUUUCACGAAACGAUAAAGGACAUUAGUCUUCUCAAUCAAUUGGGAAUGGAGCGAGUGAACACGAUGAGGAAAAAAUUGAAUGAAGCAGCUACUCUUCUUGCAGACAUAAGACGACGCGAAGAAGUGAUCGAGACCAAAAUCUCGGAGAAUAUGAACUUUUGUGUGACGGCAUGCUUGAACUUUGCGGCGAUGGUGGAGCGCAUUAUCGGGACGGAACGAGCUCGGAAGCCGCUGCCAUCUACCGGUCAUACAAACGCUUUAUUGGCCGCUGCAGACGUCACGAAUGAGUUGCUACAGUCAGCAAAGUCGACUAACAGUAGGAGGAGCAUCAGUGGCAAGUUUCCUGACGUGCCCAGACUUCAGGCGAAGAAAACUUUUAAGAGGAUGGCCACGGUAUCGAAAGUCUUGGCGGUUCCGCAAAAUCGAUCAGCGAGAGCCAACGCGAAAUGGGCCGAGUACACCAAUAACCAGAACCAGCCUCAGCCCGAAUAA